AAAAAAUGUAUUUUUUAAUAAUUCAAUUAACAAUAGUGAUUCCCGUAAUAUUAUCUUAAAGAUGUUUUGAAAACGUAAAAUUAGGAACAUCAGAGUUUUAAUUAUCUCAAUAAAUAAAAGAAUAAAUAUUAAAGAAUUAAAAAUUUGAUUAAAAAUGUUUAGAAAUAUUAAUAUAAAGAGGAUUUUAUAAAUCAGCUUUAGUUCUUUUUGAAGAUUAUUUUAUGACAAACAAAAUAGAUUUACAUGAAAAUAUGCACAAGCUAACAUCUAAUCAUAAAAGAGAUUUAGACAAAUUUUUGGCACUUCUUUGGAGUUCUCGUUAAUAAGUAUAACAAGUUGAACCAUUCUUUAAAUGGGCAUAAAAUUAAAAUAAUAUAUUUUUACACAUAAAGCUUAGUAUGAGAAGUGAUUCACCAGCAUGUUUACAUUGUAAAUUAGAUAAUUUCGAAUUAACAAAUUCCACACUUUAUAUGAGUUCUUCUGGGAUUUUUUCUACAUUAACCUGUUAAAUUUAUUCUAAAUCUUACACUUUUUUAAUAAAUAGAUCCAUAAAAAUCCUCUUGGAAAGAAGACUCUGUUGGUACUAUUUUUAUUAACUUAGUCAAAGUUUUUGAAAAAGAAAAUGAUUUUGAUACUAAUGAAAAUUCUUUAGAUUAUAAAAAUAAUACUGUUGAAAAUUUAAAUAAUACUACAAAUAAUAACAUUAUUGAUUUUACUAAUCAUAAUAUUAAUGAUAUUAUCAAAAAUUCAUUAAAUAAUACUGACAAUAAUAAUAGCACUUAAAUUAAUAGUAAUGAUAAAAAAAUUGCUGAGGAUGAAAAAUUAGAUGAAGAAGAAGAAGAAAAAAUAAAAAGAAGAAGAAGAAGAAAGAAAAAAAAAAGAAGAAGAAAAUAUAUAAUUUUAAAUAAAGUCUAAAAAAAUAUGGUUAAGAUUAGAAAAAAAUGAAAGGAACAUUCCUAUUUGGUGGGAUAUGAAAGAUAAACAUAAAGAUGAUAUGAAUAUUUGGGAAAAGUUAUGUGAUAGAGAAAAAGAAAAUAAAAAGUUGAAAAUAAAGUAAGAGAAAAAAGAUAAUAAAGAAGAUAUUAAUAAAAAUAAAAGAGAAAUUGAAGAAUAAAAAAAGCAAAAAGAUGAAUAAUAAAAAAUAGUUGACGAAUAAAAUUAAUAAAAAGUAAAUUAGUAAAAUCAAAAGAAUGAUCUUUGA